AUGAUAAGUAAUAUAUACUCUGAUGUGACACAUGCCGGUUGUAUGACGACGCUCAACUUCCUCGAGGAAUGCAAGCGGCUUGGUAAAUAUGGCAAGGUAGCUCUGAUCGAGGCUGGCAAAAACGGGGAGCGCUGUGGGGCAUCGCGCUGGACAAUGGCAUACCUUCGGCUCGACAGAGGCAACCGCUUUGACGACAUGUGGAAACAGGAGAUGGCCUUUGUCAGCAACGGCCUCGCUGACCAGCAAUACUGCCGGAAGAUGGAGGAGGAGGUACCAGAUGCGGCGGAAUAUCUCCUUGACCACGGGGUGAAGUUGAACUACCACAAUGAGUCAAACGUGUUGUUAGAGUUCAAUACCAAACAGCACUUCGUCUCACCUGAGGGAGGUGGUCUCGCUGUCAUAAAUGCACUGCUCAGCCAUAUUCAGAACUUCGACAAUGUGGACGUCAUCUGGGAGAGAAUGGCUGAGAAAUUACUUACAACCGAGCAAGGCGAAGUGUCUGGUGUAAAGGUACGGAGGCCGGAUGGUAGAAUGGAAAACAUCCAUGGGAAAAGAAUUAUGCUGGCGUGCAGACUCGCCCGGUACGUGGGCCCUCGAACGGAACACCUCGAGCUCAUAGCACCGGGUCUCAAGCAUAACACAGGCCGAGGCUUGCAGAUGGCCCUCGACAUAGGGGCGGCAGUAGCUGGCUCGAUGAAUGGCAUGCAUUGCGAGCUGGUGGACACGCGGGCGAGCAAGCCCGAUGCGGUGAUCUGGGGGCACAACUAUGGGAUAGUGGUGAACUCAGAAUGCCAGCGGUUCUUCGACGAGGGCAAACGGCACCUCUUUGCGACGUUUGAGAUGAUUGCCCUGGAGACAUGGCGCCAUCACGACAGCAAGGCAUACUUCGUCACUGAUGCAAUCAUCAUGAAGCGCUUUCGUCCGGGAUGGGUUUAUGAAACCACGGACAAGGAGCCCGAGCAGGCGGAUACUAUCGAGGAAUUGGCGGUGAAACUGUCGCUGGAGCCCAAGGAUCUGAAGGUCACCGUGGAUGAGUUCAAUCGUGCAGUGGAUAGGAACGCCACGUUUGAUUUGAUGGCUCUGGACGGGAAGGCCACAACGGGCCUGUCGCCGAACAAGACAAAUUGGGCAAACCCGAUUGAAACGCCGCCGUUUUACGGAUAUCCCCUGAAGCCUCAGCUGACGUUCACUGCAGACGGGCGAGAGAAGGGUGCAACCUAG